AUGAAAGUCAUCAACCAGAUGAAUAUGAUCCACUAUAGAAGAGAGACUCACAAAAAAACUUCAGAAUACAAAUGUUGCUAUUCAUUUAAAGAAAAUCGAGAUUAUCAAAGUGAACAAGAGAGUCUCUUUUUGGCUCUUCUUUCUCAAGAAUUUACUAUUAAAUUAAUUUGUCCAAAUAAAAGGUGUGUUGUUACUCUUCCUUUCCUUAGAAUUUUAGAAAUCCAAAGAGGAACAGAUGAUUGUGUUGCAGUUAAUGACUGGGUUAAUAAUAGAAUUAAUGAAAGAUUAAAAGAAGAAUUAUCUCAAGGAGUUUCUCGAAAAACUGCACAAAGAAGAUCAGAAAAUUACAAAAUUACUGAAACUCUCCAUUUAAUAAUGGAUCUUCUAUCUGAAUUUGGAUAUUUUUUCCAAACAAGAACAACUACUGGAAAGAAAGGAAUGUGUAAGAUUGAUAUCGCUUAUAAAGUAUUUAAUAAAAACAAGUUGAUGUUUGACCAAGAAUCUAUUUCUCGUAUAGGAUCUGCAAUUAAUAAAAAAAUAAUUUCUCUUCCAUCAGAAAAUGGUAUAAUUACAAUAAAAAAAGGAUAUUUAGAAUUACUUCAAAAUAUAUCUUUGUAA